AUGAAGUACGACGUCAUCGGCCUGGCCGAGAUAAGGCGUCGCUAUUCAUUCAACGCUGUCUAUGACACGGGAGCAGAAGUGUUCCUCGGAACAUGCGACAGUAGAGGAGUCGAUGGCGUCGGAGUUCGCAUCAACACGAAGUGGAACAAUAGCCGCUUUGACAAUCUUCGUCGUUUGCGAGCCGAUAUCAAACUACGACGGAAAAAAAGUCGAAGCGUUCUAAAUGGACUUGGAGAAGUUUAA